AUGGAGAAGGUCCUUGUCCUGCUGCUUGUGGCCCUCGCAGUGGCCUACGCAGCCCCUGGCCCCCGGGGAAUCAUUAUCAACCUGGAGGAGGGUGAGCUCUGCUUGAACAGCGCCCAGUGCAAGAGCGGCUGCUGCCACCACUCGAGCGCUCUGGGUCUGGCCCGCUGCGCACCCAAGGCCAGCGAAAACAGCGAGUGUUCGCCCCAGACCAUCUACGGCGUCUACUACAAGUGUCCCUGUGAGCGCGGCCUGACCUGCGAGGCAGACAAGUCCAUCGUGGGCUCCAUCACCAACACCAACUUUGGCGUCUGCCUUGAUGUUUGA